AUGGCUAUCGAGGAAACUUCAUCUACUCCAACUGCUCCAACACUAGAUCAGAAUAUUUUGAAGAUUGUAUUGCAUGGUAAAAACAAGUUAGGUUUUGUGCUAGGAACAUGUAGAAAACACAUGUUUGAUCCUAGCUUAUACGAGCUAUGGGAUAGGUGUAAUGCUAUUGUAUUGGCUUGGAUAAUGAAUAGUGUGGCUCCAAAUCUGCUUAGUUCCGUGAUAUACGCCUCUGAUGCUCACAAGGUUUGGGAAGAUCUUCGUGAGAUAUUUGAUAAAGUCAAUGCAUCUAGAUCCUUCUACUUACACAAGGAGAUUGGGAAACUAACACAAGGUUUAUUAUCUGUGUCUGAAUAUUUUUUAAAACUGAGAGAGUUGUGGGAUGAAUAUGAGGCUUUAGUUCCUCCUCCUUCGUGUGGUUGUCCAGAAUCUAGGCAAAAUACAGAACAUUAUCAGCUUCGAAAGUUGUAUCAAUUUCUUACUGGGCUAAAUGAUACCAUUGAUAAUGCCAAGGAUCAGAUCCUCAUGACUAGACCAGUACCUAAUAUAAACCAGGCUUAUGCAAUGAUCAUUAAUGUGGAAAGUCAGAGAAGAACAAUGCUACUCAUAGCACCUGAUUCAUCUACACAACAAGGAAGUGCUGCUAAUGUGGUUCCAGCAUAUAGUUCAACAACUGAUAGCUCCUCAGUAACAACAUGUGUCUCUUCAGCACCGUUCUUUACUCGGUAUCAAUACAAUCAGAUCCUGCAAAUGCUGAACAAAGGAAAGCAGGUUGAUACUGUGGCUAAUUCUGCAAUAAUGAAUACUACAGGUACUAUAACAGCUCUCAUGUCUCAUCUAGUGAGCAAUAAUUGGAUUAUAGAUACAGGUGCUACCAAUCAUAUGGCUCACAACCUCAAUCUGCUGAGCAAUAUUAGAAAGCUAUCAAAUAGUGAUCAGAACUCAGUUCAACUCCCUAAUGGUGAAAAAGUGUCAAAAAUCACAAAAGAGCUAAGAUGUCUAGUGGCUUUCCUUCCUGGCUUCUGCAUAUUUCAGGAGCUCUUCACUGGGAAGGUGAUGGGGAUUGGUAAAGAGGAGCAUGGUCUCUACAUUCUGAAGCACAAAGAACAAGAUGUUCCCAAGCAGCUGCCAGAUCCUAGGCCAUUUCAUUCCAGUCCUUUUGUAAAUACUACUGCUAGUGAGUUUCAAACAAAUAAUGCUAGCACUGAAAAUAAGAAUGCAUCUAAAUGUCUAGAUGAGACUGUUUUGUGGCAUAAGAGAUUAGGUCAUGCACCAUUAAGACUUCUAAAGAAGAUAGAAAGUCUACCAAAUGUUCAGUUGAAGGAGCACUUCUGUACAGUUUGUCCUGUUGCUAAGCAAACCAGAAUUCCUUUCUCUUCCAGUAAUGCAUGUUCUAUUUAUGCAUUUGAUCUCAUACAUGCUGAUAUUUGGGGCCAUACAGAGUACCCACGCAUAAUGGUAAUAGGACUUCUACAAGAACAUGACAUAGUUCAUCAAAGUUCUUAUGUAUACACUCCUCAACAGAAUGGCAAAGUUGAAAGAAGACAUAGAUCUAUGCUUGAUAUGGCUAGAGCCUUAAGGUUUCAGGCUUGUGUUCCCUUAAAAUUUUGGGGGGAGUGUGUUACUACUGCUGUGUACAUUCUGAAUAGGUUGCCUACUAUUGUACUGAAGGGUGUAUCUCCUUUUGAAAGGCUGUUUCACAAGUCCCCUUCCUUACAACAUCUCAGAGUCUUUGGGAGUCUGUGUUAUGCAACUAACCUGAAGAAAACAAAUAAGUUCUGCCCUAGAGCUUUUCCUGUUGUUCAUCUAGGCUAUUCCUCUAGUCAGAAGGGUUAUGUUCUGUAUGAACUGAGCUCCAAACUUUUCUUUGUUAGCAGGGACACUGUGUUCAGAGAAGAUAUUUUUCCAUUCAAACAUCUACACACAACCCCAUCUCCUUUAUUUCCAGUUCUAGAGUUCAAAGAUGCUAAGUGUCCUGCUCUGCCUUCUUCUGAUGCCUUCAAUCCCUCUGCUUCUCCACCUUCUUCUAUGCCUCCCUUGAAUGUUCCUCCUAGUCAACUCUUCCGUUCUCCACCUCCUACUGAUCAUUCUUCCUCACCCUCUCUUCCUUUACCUGCUCAUGCUGAUUUAAGAAGAUCUUCUAGAGUGUCUAAACCUCAUAUAUGGAUGGAAGACUACAUUGUGAUGUCUAAGCCUUCUUCAUGUGCUCACCCUAUCUCACAGUGUGUGUCCUAUAACUCUAUCUCACCCACUUGCAGGGCAUCACUUGCAGCCUAUUCAGCCAUUACUGAACCAAGGACUUAUGAUGAGGCCAAGGCAGAUCCCAAGUGGAUUGAGGCUAUGAAAGCUGAGAUUUCAGCCUUAGAAGCUAAUCAGACUUGGACUAUUGUUGAUCUUCCUCUUGGUAAAACUCCUAUAGGAUGCAAAUGGGUCUUUAAAGUGAAGUACACGUCUAUUGGUGAAGUGGAGAGGUAUAAGGCUCGGCUAGUUGCCAAAGGGUAUAGCCAACUUGAAGGUUUGGAUUACAAGGAGACAUUCUCUCCUGUUGCUAAGAUGGUGACUGUUAGAUCUGUGGUGGCUUUGGCUGCAGCAUCUGGGUGGUAUAUUUUUCAGAUGGAUGUACACAAUGCUUUCCUUCAAGGUGAUCUCCUUGAAGAGGUGUACAUGCACAUCCCAGAUGGCUUUGCCAACCAGAGGGAGUUACAACAACAACAGAAGGUUUACAGGCUUCAUAAGUCACUGUAUGGGCUUAAACAAGCUCCCAGACAGUGGAACUUGAAGCUGACUAGUGCACUGAUUGACAUGGGCUUUGUCCAAUCGCACUAUGACUAUUCUUUGUUCACACACAAGGCAGGCUUGACAGGAACUAGCUUAGCACUUAUUCAACAAGUGAGGAAAGAUCUACAAGCCAGAUUUAAAAUAAAAGAUCUGGGAGAACAGAAGUUUUUCCUUGGUAUUGAGUUCUUGAGAUCCAAGGAAGGAAUCUUGAUGAAUCAAAGGAAGUAUGCACUUGAUCUAGUGUCUGAAAUGGGAUUAGCAGGCAGUAAAACAACUGCCACCCCUCUAGAGUUCAAUCACAAGCUUUCCUCUGUAGAACUAGACAGGUUUCUACACACUAAUCAAACCUUAGUUGACAAAGAAUUAGAAGAUAGAAGCAGCUAUCAAAGGCUGAUUGGUAGACUAUUAUGCCUAACUAUGACUAGGCCUGGUAUUGCCUUUGUAGUUCAGAAAUCAAAGAAACAAAGUACUGUUUCCAGAAGUUCUGCUGAAGCAGAAUUCAGGAGCAUGGCAUCAACUGUAGCUAAGAUCACUUGGUUUAUUGGACUGUUUAAAGAGCUUGAAGUGAAGGUGAAUUUGCCCGUGCAACUGUUUUGCGACAGCAAAGCUGCAAUUAAGAUUGCAGCUCACCCCAUUUUUCAUGAGAGGACAAAACACUUUGACAUUGACUGUCAUUUUGUGAGAGAAAAAAAUUCAAGAUAG